AUGUUCGACAAUAUUGAAAACAUCAAGAAGGAUCUUAUUGCGAAUAAAUUAGUCAUAUUUGUUGGUUCGGAUGUAUCUGCUUAUACAGCAAAUGACGACAUGCAAGUUGCAUAUUCGAAAGUACUAGUCCAACAUGCACUUCACGAAUUAUCAAAGAUUUCAGAUGAAGAUUUCAAUGAAGACAUUCAAAAGUUGAAUGAUCCUACUACUGACAUAGACGAAUACAACCGAAUCAUUAACCGAGCAAAUCCCUAUAUGCAAGAACACACCGAUGCUUACCAAUGUUGGUUAAAUGACACAAUCGGAAAAUUAUUACCACACAAACCAGAAUUGAUACAAGCCUUGGCUGAUUUCCGAUGUCCAAUUGUGACGACAAAUUACGAUUCACUUCUUGAAGAUGUACUACACAAAAAAUCGUUAACUUGGGAGCAAUAUCGGACUGAUCCGUCGUUGCAGAGCCUAGACGUCCAUCAUAUUUUGCAUCUGCACGGGCAGUAUCAAUAUGCGAGCAGUAUCGUACUGAACAGUGAUCAGCUUUUUCAGGAUAAAAUCAUACGAAUGAAGUUCUUAAAGCUUGUUCAAGGUAAAACGUUACUUUUCAUUGGUUACGGCACUCAGCAAUUCGAUCCAGAUUUCUCAAAUAUUUUAAAGUGGAUCUUCUAUCUUUCUGUUAUAAAUCGACCGGCAAUUUACAAACUUAUUCGCUCAACUGUUCAAUGUUCAAUUCUCGAAAAUUUCGUAGAAAUCCCUUGCGGAAAUACUUUCGAAGAUAUACUAUCCUUUCUCAAAAAUCUUUCCCCUUUAUCAACAUUCCGCCUUGAAAAUCACUCAUUAUCCAUUCGAAGAGAACACGUUCGUCAGAAAUAUCUCAAUUAUCUCCUGGAAGAAUACGGUCAUGUUUCAAUCUUCGGAUGUUUAAAUCAUGAUCUUCAUUUACCACUAGAAAGCGUUUAUGUUGAGUUGAAAUUUGAUCCGACACAUCCGUCGAUAAAAGCAAUGAAAACGGUAGACAUGACCGAAGAAUUCCAACGUCGCGUGUCAUCAAAGGAAUUCUUUACUGACAAUGAAAAACGAAAAAUUCUUCGAGCGAUUUUUCAACACCAUGCGUAUAAUCCACAAACGAUCUAUCGAGAUUUGAUGAUCGAUCAAUGGUUAAACGUUCUUCUCGCCGAUGACAAAAUCUUUUCUUUGACUGAGAGGUAUGUCAUCAAAGAUAAAAUUUCAAAUUUAAAACGAAAUAUCCUCUUCCGAAACAACCUGAAAGAAGUUCGACAAUACCGAAUUCGGCAAGCGUUUAACGAGUUCAAACAUUUUAUUAUUCUUGGCCAUCCCGGCUCAGGCAAAACAACCAUAUCGAAAUGGUUAGUCACAAACAUGGCUCGGCAAUGUUUAGGCAUGCAGAAUAUGUUGUUCGAUGAAGAAGACACGUCACAAGAAAAAAUCCCGAUUUUAAUCCCGAUUUGGAAAUAUGUUGAUCAAUUGAAAGAGAAUUUCAACGGACAGAAACAAAGUUUACUCGAAUUUUUGCACGAACAUGCUACAUUCAAUGCGAGUGUCUUCACCGACGACGAAAGGAAAGAUUUAUCAGCAUUGCUCAGUGAUUCGCUCCUACAUGGAGAUGUUUUGGUUGUCUUCGAAGGAUUAGACGAAGUUCCUGUUCAUGUUGAUCGAGCUGAUCUUAUGAAAGAUAUCAAUACCUUAUUAGAACGGAAUAUCAUAUACGAUUUCAAAACGAAUAAAUUAGCCUUUUCGUCUUAUGAACAAAAAGAAAUCUGCAAUACGAAACAUCCGACUUUCGGCAAUCGGUUUAUCAUCACAAGUCGCAUUGAAGGAAACUACUUCGAAGAUAUCAAUUUCUAUAUUCCAAGACUAACAAUCGAAGACAUGUCGAAUGAAUCUUUGAAAUUAUUCUGCAAUUCUUACACGAAAUACAUUCGAAAGGUUUCGUCCGAACAAAGAGAAUAUAAAAUCGAUCAAUUGUACGAUGACAUCACCAAAAAUCAGGAUAUUUUUCAAUUAGCUAUCAAUCCACAACUUGCUAGCGUCAUCGCCGCUGUUUACCAUCAAUCGAACGAAAAAUUACCCGAGAAAAGAAUCGACUUAUAUGAGCAAGCGAUUGGCAAAAUGAUCGAACAUCUAGUUCAAUCAUCCGUUCAUGAGCAAUUGCAACUGAGUUCAGUAAUGCUGUGGUCGAUUUUACAACAAAUCGCCGAAUAUCUUCAUGAAAAAGUCGAAGGCCUGUCGGAGAAAGUUCUGAAAGAACUAAUUCAGAAAUCGAUGGCAGCAACGGAUGCAACUGAUUUCAUCUCUCAACUAGUAGAAAUCUUCAAGUAUAAAGUUGGCUUAUUGAACGAAUUUGGCCAUGAUAGUUUUCGUUUCAUUCAUCGAACGUUUCAGGAAUAUCUUGCUGCGAAAAGUCUGAUUUAUUGCAAUGGAAUACAACGCUCCGAAGAGGUUAUCUACGACAAUAUUCAACGAAAGAUCGAUAUUCCCAACUGGCGAGUACCUCUCAGCAUGACAUUCGGAAUCUUAAGUAAACAAGAUCAAAACAAUCAGCUAUUUCAUAAUAUUAUCGAACGACUAUUACCUAGUCAAACAUCUCCGACUCGUAUCGUUCCGUUCGUGAUUAUCGAUUCUUUAAACGAUAUGUUUUUUCUAUCGGAAAGCGCGGAAUGCGACUUAAUUCGUCGAUUGGCCGAUCUUUUACUAUCCGAUUACACAAAUCUCUCGGGUUUCUCUCGGCUAGAUGAACACCAAAAGUUGAUCCAUUCGUAUUUUUUAAAACUAAAACGAACAUCCUACCAGACAACUCUCGAAUGGUUUCUCGAGCAACUCGAAUGCGAUGAAAACAUUGCACCUUGUGCGAAUAUCAUCUAUCACCUGAACUGGUUCAAUUCGAAAUUCCACCAGAGAUUUUUGAUCAACUUAUAUAAUGACUCAGCUACUUGGAAUUGGCCGGUCGAUUCCUGUCUACGAUUCUAUUCGACAGAGAUAAAAAACGAUGCGAUUGAAUUGCAGCUGAAAUUCCGCACGACAUUAUUGAAAAACGCAGCACUAACGCAGCAGAUCAGGUAUGAUCAUAACUGGAUAAGUUUGAUCAGUGCACUUUACGGUGGCGACGACAAUCACCAGAGUGGAAAAGCGAUUGUGGAAUAUCAUGAAAUUGAACAGUUUCUCGAAUUGAGUGAUAACGAAAUGAUGCCAUUUCUCUUCUACUAUCAAGAUAUUUGGGGAAAAGAUCAGACAAAGUAUAACAUGGCAAGGUAUUUGGAAAAUUAUCCUGCGAAACAAUAUUGGCAUGUUCAACCAAUCUUUGAUGAGAGGAAAAUUUAUAAAGAUUCAUUUCUGACACCACGAAUUCUUGAAUUGCUACUCGAAAAGAAAUCUCCAAAAGAUUUAAUGAAGAGGUUACGAAAAGAACUGAAAAUGGACAAGUUAAACACAACCGAACAGAUCGAUGCACUUGUUGCCUCAAUUGCCUUGGGAGAAUUCGAUUUUAUCAGUACGAUAUUAAAAGAAAAAGAAACAGCACUUACCAAAGCAUUGGCCAAUCGAAUUGAACAGUUGAUAUUCACCUUGAAAGAUCCGAUUGCACGCUGUUCAUCGCAUAUGAACGAAUAUCUCUCAGUCAUUUACCAAAAACUUCAAGACAAACAGUUAAAAUGGAAUUUGAACUUUUCCAGUUAUUCUAAAGUGGUCGACGGUCAUGGUCACACGGACGAGACUGACUGUGAGCAUUGGCCAUGUAGUAAUGUGUAUAGUCGGUGUCAUGGAUUCUGGAAUUGUCGUAAUGGUGAAGAUGAAGAAGCGUGUCGAGCAUCGAACUGCUCUCGUGGUUUGUUUGAAUGUAUGUCACCACUCAAUUAUACGAUGAUAUGUUUAGCAGGUGAUAAGGUUCGGGAUGGGACGGUUGAUUGUGUUGGAGGAUUAGAUGAACCACAAUUAUGUCAAGGUACGAAUGCAGAAAGCGGAUCAUUAUACAGAUUUAGUUGUUUGGAUGGGAGAACAUGUGUCAAUCCGUUUACACUUUGUGACUCAACGAGCAAACUAUACGACCCAGACGUAUGCGUUGAAUGGAUGGACCAUGAUCUCAGUAAAAUCCAAGAUAAUAUUUGCCAUGCUAUUAGAUUAGAACGUGCUCCAUUUCCUUCAGAAACGUCUGAAGUGUAUCCAGCAGUUGAAAAGAAAGUCAUCAUUCCUAAUGUUGAACCGGCACGACGACCGACAAGCGUUUACUCCUCAUCUUUGCAUUGUGUACGUGGUUUGCCCGUUCAUCUUUGGCUAGGAAACGAUACUCAAACUGCGAGAUGUAUGUGUCCGCCGAAUUAUUAUGGAGAUCGUUGCGAAUAUCAAAGCCAACGUGUAAGUUUGACACUAACACUAUCAUCUGUGAACAUGAACCGCACAUACGUUAUUUUCGCGAAACUAGUUGAUGACGACUUACAAGACAUACACUCAUAUGGCCAAUUCCUGUAUGUCUCUCAAAGUAGCUGCAAAAAUCCAUUCGAUAAGUAUUUAUUAUAUUCAUCCAAACCAAAAAAUAUUUCCAAAACCUACAGCAUUCAUAUUGAUGCGUAUGACAAGAACUCUACGCAAUAUCUUGCUAGUUGGUUGUACAGAGUUCCAUUUCUGUUUCUUCCGGUGAAUCGACUAAAUAUUUUGCUAACGCUGGAUAGCCAGAGAAGAAUGAGUCCUAGCUCUUGCUCUUUGAAAUGCAGUCAUGGUAUCUGCAUGAAAUAUGCCAACGAACAAAAGUACUUCUGUCGAUGUAAUCCAGGGUGGUCCGGUGCUCGAUGCCAUAUUCAAACCACCUGUAGUGACUGUUCGUCAGACUCGGUUUGUGUUGGUCAAGUGCAUAAUCGAUCGAUCUGUAUUUGUCCUCUCGAAAAAUUCGGCAAUCGUUGUCUGCUGAAACAUUCAUGUCCAGCAAAUUAUUGUGGAAAUAAUGGUCAAUGUAUAGUUACAGGUGAGCAUAUGAUCGAUGAAAAUUAUCAAUGCUUGUGCUCCGAACAGUUUCAAGGCGCCCGAUGUGAAUAUCCCAAAUCAAUAUUGAGAAUUUCCUUCCACAGUUUAGACGUGUCAGCUUAUUUAAUAAUUUACAUUUAUCGCUCUCUUAAUUUUUAUUCAAGACGUCCGCGAGAUAUCAUAUUGAAAAAACUAAGUAUAAGUGAUAAGAGUCUAACAGUGUAUAUAGCAUAUCCUUUUCAAAUGGUUUAUGUUCUUAUCAACCGUAACUAUUAUUUGGCUGUUAUUCAACAAUCACAAGUAUUUAACAUUUCAGCUACAGUUGAUUCAACCCGUCGUUGCCCACCUGUUCAUCAACUACUCUCCUUCGAACAAACUAAAUUACCCAGAAUCCAACGAGUCAAACAUUAUCAUACACUAUGUCAACAUCAUCCCAAUCUGAAAUGUUUCUUUGACGAAUCUUACAUGUGUCUAUGCACGACGGAUCGUCAUGCCAAUUGUUUUCCAUUCGAUCAUAAGCCUAAGUUUGAAUGUCAAGAAAAUGUUCAUUGUCUCAAUGGUGGACAAUGCUUACAAAACCAUCCAUAUUGCCCUGUUACAACCAUAUGUGAAUGCAAUGACUGUUACUUUGGCGAUCGAUGUCAGUUCUAUGCGAGAGGAAUCGGUCUGACGCUCGAUGAUCUUUUUCGCUACGAAAUUCGACCGAAUAUUGGAAUGAAUGGACAGUCGCCAAUAAUCAAAGCAAGCAUAUUUUUCACCUUUGCCAUAUUUACUGUUGGUUUGGUCAAUAGUGCUCUUUCGUUUGCCGUCUUUUACCGGCCAAAACAUCGUACAAUUGGAUGUAGUGUCUAUCUUUUGACAUUAUCGGUCACAUCAUUCUUUACUUUUGCAAUGUUGAUGACAAAACUUUGGUUCGUUAUAAUCACCCAAAUGAGUUUAAUAACACAAUAUAAUGUUCUUCGUUACGGGUGCUUAUUGAUCGAACCCAUCCUUAGACUACUUUCCUCGAUGAAUUAUUGGUUGCAUGCUGCUAUAUCGAUUGAACGUACAAUGGCUGCAAGAAAUUCAUCAAACUUCAACAAACAUUCGAGCCUAAAACGCGCCCGAAGAUUUGUCCGUUUACUACCGUUGGUAGUUGCAAGCGUGAGUAUAUAUGAAAGUAUAUCUCGUGACUUACAUUAUGAUGCUGAGGAAAAUCGAUUUUGGUGUUUUACUCUUUAUUCACCAACUUUAUACUACUAUUCAAUGACCGUUGCAUUUAUUCACAUAGGAGCACCGUUUUGCAUUAACAUUUUCGCAGCUAUUUACAUCGUUAUCGUGAUGGCUCGUGAAAGAGCAAAAGCUCGAAAGUAUAAAUCCGAAGGUCAACAUCUUGUGGAUCAGUUGUACCAGCACAAGGUUUUAUUUACAAGUGCACUGCUGCUUGUAACUUUAACUGUUCCUUUUCUUGCAAUCUCAUCAUUACUUCGAUGUGUGAAAGAAUCUCGAAAUGCAUGGUUAAAUGUAACGAGUUAUUACAUUUCGUUUGUUCCAACAACGUUAACGUUCGUCAUCCACAUUAUGCCGUCGUCUGUAUACAUGGAAUAUUUUCAUAAACAGAUCAAGAAUUGGCGUGAAAAGCUUCUCAUCGCCGUCGAAACUAGAGUCGAAUCAAUUCUGAUCAUGGUGACAACAUUUUUAUGUUAUCCAUCAGCUAAUCUUGAAGUCACUAUUCUUGUUUCCGGCACCACCGGAUCGGACUAA